AUGUUUCUUCUCCAUAUUCUUCUACCUUCCAUUAUCUCUUUCUUUCCUUCUUUCUUUCUUUCUAUUCUAUUACCUACCUUUCCUUUCUUUUAUCUUUCUUUCUUUCUUUUUCUUUCUUUCUUAUCAAUAUUCUCUAACCUCCCUGUUUCUUUUCUUCUUAUUCCUACCUACCUUCAUCUUUCUUUCUUUUUCUUUCUUUCUUUCAAUAUUUCUUUUUUUUUCUUUCUUUCUUUUUUCUUUUUUUCUUUCUUCUUAUCACUAUUCUUACUACCUAUGUUUCUUUCAUUCUUCUCCAUAUUCUACAACCUACCUUCCUUGAUUAUCUUUCUUUCUUUCCUUCUUUCUCUUAUCAAUAUUCUAUUCUUUUCUUUCUUUCUUUCCUUUCUUUUUUUCUUUUUUCUUAUCACCUUCAUAUGUUUCUAUCCAUAUUCUACUACCUACCUUCAUCUUUCUUUUUUCUUUCUUUUCUUUCUUUCUUUUUUCUUUUUUUUUCUUUCUUUCUUUUUUUUUCACUAUUCUACUACUAACCUUCACCUAUGUUUCUUUCAUUCUUCUCCUUUUAUUCUAUCAAUACCUACCUUCACUUCAUCUUUAUCUUUUCUUUUCUUUCUUUUUUUCUUUCUUUCUUAUCAAUAUUCUCUUUACCUAACUUCAUCUUUCUUUCUUUCUUUCUUUCUUUCUUUCUUUUUUUUUUUCUUUCUUUUUUCUUUCUUUCACUAUUCUACUACUAACCUUCACCUAUGUUUUCUUUCAUUCUUCUCCAUAUUACCUUCCUUGGUUACCUACCUUCUUUUCUUUCUUUCAUUUGUACUACUUCAUCUUUCUUUUUUCUUUCCUUUCUUUUUUCUUUCUGUCUAA